AUGGAUAUAUUACGAAUCGUUAUUAUUCUUGGCGAAACAAAUCACACCGAAAACAUUAAUGUGCCUGAACCUCCCAGCCAAGAAACUGAAGAUAAUGCGGAGCCCUCCUAUUUUUCUAAGUAUUCACCUGAACGACAGCCACAAACAGUACCGCAGCCUGGACUCUCACCUUUGUCGCAGCCCACACCCGCGCCUUUGCAGCCUGGACCUUCAUGUUUGUCGCAGCUAGGAGCUUCGAAUUCGAGCCAAGCAGUAUUCUCCACGUCACAACAACAUACUAGACCACAUACCAAACCUAUUCGUGACUACCUAUAA